CGCUGCGCAGUGACGACAAUAACAAAACACAGAGAAGCAGCAUUAGCGGAGCUUUACACAACCCUGCGAGGAAAAAAAAGCUCGAUGACAAAACUCCCAUCUUAUUACCGGCCCCCCUCACCUCCAUGUCUUGAAAGAUGAAACACUAAUGAAUCUACCCCAGCUCGUCCUGGAUGAAUUUGGGCGUUUUAUGGGAAUUACAAAUAAAGGCCCGCGUUCGGAGUGAUGAGCUUUAGCCGUUUAGCCCGACAGCUUCAACCUCUAGCUGACAGAAACCUCCACAUCUCAGCCAGAAACACCCUUUUAAUCUGCUUUGAUGCAGAGAAUGGACUGAAGACCGCUCAGGCAGCCAUAAUUGACUAGAUGAACAAAUCAAGCUGGAGGCAGGCUCAGCGGAGAAUUCAACAUGAAGUUGUAUGUGUUUCAAGUCAACAACGGAAGCACAUUGACAUUUGACACUGAACUCGCUGUCCAAACUGUUUUGGACCUUAAACAUGCCAUUCAGGCCAAAUAUAAAAUUGCAAUCCAGCACCAGGUGCUGGUGGUCAAUGGAGGGGAGUGUAUGGUGGCAGAGAGGCGCGUGUGCAGCUACAGCGCCGGAACAGACACCAACCCAAUCUUCUUAUUCAACAAAGAGAUGAUCCUGUCUGACCGAGCUCCAACCAUUCCCAAAACGACCUUCUCAAUAGAGAAUGAGAUGGAGCUGAAGGUGGAGGAGUCGCUCAUGAUGCCUGCUGUCUUUCACACCGUCGCCUCCCGCACUCAACUGGCUGUGGAAAUGUUUGAGGUUGCCAAGAAGCUUUGCUUGUUCUGUGAGCGUCUGGUCCAUGACGAACACCUUCAGCACCAGGGAUGGGCGGCCAUCAUGGCUAACCUGGACGACUGCACUCUGUCCUAUCAGAAACUUCUUAUGAAAUUUGACACUGCUUAUACAAAUUACCAACAGGAUUUUGAAGACAUCAAAUUAAAACUCACAAAGCUUGGCACUGCUGUCUCAGUCAUGGCGAAGAUUCCACUGCUAGAGUGUUUGACUCGGCAGAGCUACCGUGAAAGCCUGGAGAAAUCCAGCUCCCCUCAUCCAAGUACAACAGAUGAAGAAGACAAGAAUGAGGAUGAAGAAGUAGGAGAUGCAUCCACUCAGUCCGCAGUCCUCUGUCCCGCUGACAGCCAGAAGAAUCGAAAGUCACUCUCGCCGGUCUCUGCUUCAGGGGAAGCGUUGUCCCAGGGGUCCUCCUCUCCUCAGGACAGACUGAAGAGCAGCUGUAGUCUAAAAGCAGCUCUAGAGGAAGAGGAGGAGUCUCCAGAGAGGGGAGCCACACCCUCUUUCAAUGUCACACUGUUGGAUUGGAUCAAUGUUCAGGACAGACCUAACGAUGUAGAGUCAGUAGUGAGGAAGUGUUUCGACUCAAUCAACAGGCUCGACCCACGAAUUAUCCAACCCUUUCUAACUGAAUGCCGUGAGACGAUUACCAAAUUGGAUAAUCAGAACAUGAAGGCCAUCAAAGGUCUUGAGGACAGGUUGUAUGCUCUUGACCAAAUGAUAGCAAGCUGUAAACGGUUGGUCAAUGAACAGCAGGAACUUGCUCAGGGAUUUCAUGCCAAUCAGAAGAGGGCUGAAAACCUGAAGGACACCUCGGUGCUGCCUGACCUGUGUCUGAGUCAUGCCAAUCAGCUGAUGAUCAUGCUAACCAAUCACAGGAAGCUACUAGACAUCAAGCAGAAAUGUACCACUGCCAAACAGGAGCUCGCCAACAACCUUCAAGUUCGACUCAAAUGGUGCUGCUACGUGAUGCUUCACGCUGAUCAGGAUGGAGAGAAGCUGCAGGCUCUCCUGAGGCUGCUGACGGAGCUGCUGGAGCGUGUGCGGGUGGUGGAGGCACUCAGCACUGUGCCACAGAUGUACUGUCUCGCCGUAGUGGAGGUGGUCAGGCGCAAAAUGUUCAUAGGACACUACAGACAAUGGGCCAGUGCUCUUGUCAAAGAUGGGAAAAACCUCUAUGAGGCAGAAAAAGUACAAAGGGAAACCUUUGGGAAGCUCUUCAGGAAAUCGUUCCUCAGAAACCGGUUGUUUCGAGGACUGGACUCAUGGCCACCCUCUUCGUUUUGCACCCGAAAGCCUCGAAAGUUUGACUUUGAGCUUCCAGAUAUUUCCCUGAGUGACCUGCAGUAUCUCAAGUCCUGUUGUCCUUCCGAGGUUCAGCCUUACCUCAGGGUCCCCACACUGUGUGACUUUGAGCCUCUUAACCAGCAUGUUGAGGUUCUCCAUCGGCUGGUUCAGGCUGCGCAGAGUGUGGACGAGAUGUCAAAAACGAUCACUGACCUACUAAAUGAACAAAAGGUUUCCUGUAGCCAGAGUGCUCAAAGAUCCACCGCAUUACCACACAGAUCUGAAAGCACAACUGAAAUCACCUCUACCUCCACCAAAACAUUGUCCACUCUCAGUUUAAAAGCACCGGACUGCCAACCCCUGGCUCUUCCUGGUCCCUUGGAGGACCUGUCACCCGACAGCAUAGAUGCCCAGACCUUUGACUUUGAAACCAUUGGGCACCCCAAUAUGGAUCCUGUAUUACAGCAAGGCUCUUUGGACUUGGACUCAUUGGCAGCAAGUCCUGAAUCGGAUUUCAUGUCAGCAGUUAAUGAGUUUGUUAUUGAGGAGAACUUGAUGUCACCUAAUCCCAUCAGUGAUCCCACAAGCCCAGAGAUGAUGGUGGAGUCUCUUUACUCCUCUGUCAUUAAUGCAAUCGAUAGCAAGCGCAUAAAGGACACUACUACGCUCCAGAAGGAAAAUUCAAAGAUUGCAGCACUCAAGCUGUCAGCGGACAGGUACCGUUCUGCUGCGGAAGAGUCACAGAACAGUUUAAGGAAAGUUAAAGAUGACCUUUACCACUUUCGAGGUCUGGUUCUGAAGGAGCAACGAGACUUUGGAUUUGCCCUGAAAACAAUGAACAUUGAGGUCAGAAAUGCUCUCAACAGUGUCACAUACUGUCAUGAGGAAGACCUAAGACGAACGCAACAAACCAAUCUCCAGAGUUUGAAAGACGAACAUGAAAAGCAGAUGCAAACCCUGCUGGAAGAGCUGGAAGGCAAUCGGAAGAUUGUUCGAGACGUCCAGAGAGCAAUGCUGGAAUUGGAGGGGCUCGUGGAGCGCAAGGAGAAGGAAAUAUCCCAGCUGGAAAGUGAGAGAGCACGCUCUAUGCAAGAACUCCAAGAUCUUCACAAGCAAACUUUGCUGGACCUUGAACAGAAGCUCUUAAAGCAAAGUGAAGAACUGAAAGCUGCGUUGUUCUCCAAGAACGAACUCGCUGGGCAGCUGGACAAUCUGCACAUUGAGAUCGAGCACAGCCAGCAGAAAAUCAGACAGGAGAUGGAGAAGGCAGAGAAGGUGCACCUUCAGGAACUGGAGACUCGGUUGACACAACAACAUGAAGCAGAGCUGGAAUCUCUCAGGUUGGAAAAAGAAAGUGCACUUGACAGACUUGUCCAGGAGAACCUAGUGAAGCUAAGAGAUCUCAUGGAUUCCCAUUCUGCUGAACUCAAGGAACGUGAGGGACGCUUGAAAGACUUGGAUGCUCGCAUUACUGAACUUGCAGACGCCCGCUGCAAACUGGAAGUGGAGAUGGCUCUUAAAGAGGCUGAAAUGGAGGACAUGAGACUCCAGUACGAGGAGGCCAAAAGCACCCAAGAGGAAGUGUUGAGAGCAGAGCUUACUUCCCAAACAACCACCUUGCAGACGCAAAUCGACAUGUUGAACCAGCAGGUCCAGCAGAAGAAUGAAGAGUACGAGGUGGGCCUGGCCGAGCUCCGAGCGCUCAUGAGGUUGGAGAAGGACCACUGCAUCUCUGAACUUGUGGAUCGGCAUGAAGAGGAGAGCACCCUGCUCCGCCACGAGUUUUCAGCACUCAAGCAGAAAUCGCAGGACGCAGAGAAAGACUGUGAGGAACGAGUCCAGAAGAUCCAGCGUGAUCACCAGGACCAGCUUGAUGCCUUACAGAGGGAAAAGAAGGAUGAGCAGAGGGCUUUCCAGGAGAAAGAGCGAGAGCUAUCGACUGUUAUCGGAGACCUGCAGGCGGAAAACGCACUACUGUCGGGAAGACUGGAACAGGAAAGGGUGGAGGCACUGCAGAGGGUGGAGAAGGAGAAAGAGGAGGCAGUCAAAGCUGCAUUACAAGAGGCCUUAAGAGACUUUCAACUCCAAAAAGAGGAGAAUGAGACAAGACUGUUAGGACAAAUUGAACUACUUGAAAAUCAGCUUAAAGAAAGACAGUCCAUUGACACAGUGGCACCUACUGUAGAAAAGACAGAGACUGGUGUGGAGACCAGCACUGCGUUGUCACUGGAGAGUGGCCAGUGGACCGAGGAAAGGGCAUCGCUCCUGGCCCAACUAGAGCUCCUGGAACGCACAAAGAACGAGGAGAUGCAGAACCUGAAGACCUCGCUCAUUGCUGAACAGCAGACAAACUUCAAUACUGUUCUGACCCGGGAGAAACUAAAGAAAGAACAACUCAUCAAUGAUCUCACUGAGAAGCUCAAAAACUUGACGCAGCAACAAGAGAAAGAUAAAGGCCUGAUCGAAACGCUCUCCGAGGACCGUGCCUCCAUCCUUCAGGAGAAGAAGCAGAUGGAGGAGGAACUCAACCGUCUGAGAAGCACCGUCCUCGUCUCUUCAUCCUUCUUUCCACCCAAUCCCAUCCCGGUCUUCACGGAAGCUCACGGCGCCUGUGGCCCCGCCCAUGCUGAAGCGCUCUCGCCGUCCACCCCUGAUCCAGAGAGAUUGGCGUCCAUGGCUGCAUUCAAGGACGAGGAGAGGGUGGAGUCAGCCGUGGAGGCCAGCAUGAUGACAGUGCAUGACAACCCUAUGCUGUCUGAAGAGAAACAGCGCAUACUGAUGUUGGAAAGGACCUUACAUAUGAAGGAGGAAGAGAACAAAAGACUUAGUCAAAGAUUGAUGUCACAGAGUAUGUCGUCCGUCUCGUCACGGCACUCGGAGAAAAUCGCCAUUCGAGAUUUUCAGGUGGGCGACUUGGUUCUCAUAAUCCUGGACGAAAGGCACGAUAAUUACGUUCUCUUCACUGUUGGUCCCACCCUUUAUUUCCUGCACUCAGAGUCUCUCACUGCACUGGACCUCAAACCAGGUCAGGCACACACACAACAGGAAGACUUAUUAAAGAGACCGAUUAAUUCAAUAACAGUUCUGCUCCAACAAGAUGCGACAGGAGCAACAAGACGGCCAUGGGUUCUAGGAAAAGUCAUGGAGAAGGAAUAUUGCCAAGCCAAAAAGGCCCUAAACCGGUUCAAAGUUCCUCUCGGCACUAAAUUCUACAGAGUAAAGGCCGUGCCAUGGAACAAGAAAGUGUAAUCGUGUACAAAUUGAUCAUAUUGUAAUGAGCUCAGUAUGUUUUAAUUGCUUUUUUUAAGCAAACUCGCUCAUCCUUGAUUGUUUUGUCAACAUCAGAAGACAAAAUAUUUUUUCCCCCCUUUUUUUAAGCCUCUGUUGCAAACCAUUUUAUCUCACUUUUUUUUAAUACACAGAGGAUUUGUAAAUGUGGACCAAAUGAUUCUAACUUUAUCGGGGCAUUGCCUCCACCUACGAUGGCUCUGAAGCUGUCACAACAAGUCUGUAAAAUGAACAAAAUGUAUUUGGUUGUUAAAUAUUAGUUCCUCAUUAAUAUUAUGGUCGGGUUUGGGGCGGGGGGAGCACUAUCAUGAUCAGCUUACUUAUUUCAGAAGGUUAUGAAAAUAUAAAUUUAUUGUAAAUGUUACCAGAGGAAUGGUCAUGGCAUGCAUAUAGAUAAUAUUUUCUUUAAUUUACUUGUCUGGAAAUGCGUUGUAGUCGGAGGUAUCGGUAAAAAGCUGCUGAUUGUUACUCACAGCACAGUACGACCUGCCUGUUUAUUAUGAUGUACAUUUGGACGGCCCACUGCAAAGGCCUCGCAAUCCUUCAGAUGCACAUUUGGAAAAAAAGAUGACGCUUUCGUUGAUUCAAAAGGGAGGUUUGUGCUGUCGAAAACAAGCAUCAGAAGAAAAGCAGCACAUAUCUUCCCUCUGUUGUAGGAUGUUGAAAUAUAGAAAGUAAUAUUUCAUGUUUGUGAAUGUGUGUCUUUAUUGAAUUUAACCACAACAUUGUAUAUUAUUCAUCACAUACACAGUAACAAAAAAUGACUGUAUUGUAAAAGAAUUUAGAGUUUUCAAAACAAUAAAGGUUUGAUCCCAAACUCCUCGCAGUGGAUUGCAUUACCCACAGCGUCCGUAACCAGAACUUUAUUUUAUCAUGCGUCAUGGAGAGAAUAUUGCAAAUGUAUUGGAAUAGUUUUCUUUUUAUUGCUUUCAUUUAUUUUAUAUUUUUAUUUGCCAUUCCUUUGGAAAAGAGAUGCAGUUUCAAUACAUUUAAAAGCUUUUUUUUUUGUUGUUGAAUCAAAGUACAAUAAAGCUUUGGCCUUGAUGCUUGUA